AAGCGUGCGGUCUGAGUCAGCUUUUCAAGUUAACUGACUAUCCAAUUUCUUUGAUUUUAUCUCGUGAUGGCUGCGGCUGCUGUUGCCACACCGGGAGCCACAGUGCUCCCAUCCUCCGGACCUAGUGCUCCUCAAGGAGCCAAGGCUGCUCCUGCCGCUGGAGCAGCAGCAGGAGCUAGCAAGGGUCCAGGAAAUCUUCUAGAGAUCACUGGCGAGGCAAAUAUCGUUAACUAUAUGAAGAAUCGUUUGAGAAAGGGAGCCAUGAAGCGUAAGGGCUUGGAGAUGGUCAAUGGCCAUAAGUUCGGAGUGAGAUUCUUUAAGAAUCCGACUUAUUGUGGCCACUGCAAGGACUUUAUCUGGGGCUUUGGCAAGCAAGGUUUUCAGUGCGAGGAAUGCCGCUUUAACAUCCAUCAAAAGUGCUGUAAAUUUGUGGUUUUCAAGUGUCCUGGAAAGGAUACGGACUUUGAUGCUGACUGUGCCAAGGUGAAGCACGGCUGGAUCUCCACCACCUACACCACACCCACAUUCUGCGAUGAAUGUGGCCUGUUGCUUCACGGAGUUGCCCAUCAGGGUGUCAAGUGCGAAAAUUGCAACCUCAAUGUGCACCACUCGUGCCAGGAGACGGUGCCACCGAUGUGUGGUGCGGAUAUCAGUGAGGUGCGUGGCAAGCUACUGCUCUAUGUGGAGCUUAAGGGUAACAACUUGAAAGUGGAUAUUAAGGAGGCGGCUAACCUUAUUCCCAUGGAUACCAAUGGCUUCAGUGAUCCCUACAUUGCCGUCCAAAUGCAUCCGGACCGUUCGGGACGCACCAAAAAGAAGACCAAGACCAUUCAGAAGAAUCUAAAUCCAGUCUUUAAUGAAACCAUUACUUUUGAAUUGCAACCGCAGGAUCGUGACAAGCGCUUGUUGAUCGAGGUCUGGGAUUGGGAUCGCACUUCCCGUAAUGACUUUAUGGGUUCCUUCUCAUUCAGCCUUGAGGAGUUGCAAAAGGAGCCCAUAGAUGGGUGGUACAAGUUUCUCUCCCAAGUGGAGGGUGAACACUACAAUAUACCCUGUGUGGAUGCCUUUAAUGAUAUAGCUCGUCUACGGGAUGAGGUUAAGCACGAUCGUCGUCCCAAUGAUAAGCGUCGCAUGGACAACAAGGAUAUGCCUCAUAAUAUGAGCAAACGCGAUAUGAUUCGAGCUGCUGAUUUCAACUUUGUCAAAGUCAUAGGCAAAGGAUCCUUUGGCAAGGUACUGCUGGCCGAACGUCGUGGCACUGAUGAGCUGUAUGCCGUGAAGGUCCUGCGAAAGGAUGUUAUUAUCCAAACGGAUGACAUGGAGCUGCCUAUGAAUGAGAAGAGAAUUCUAGCCCUAUCUGGUCGUCCUCCAUUCCUCGUCUCCAUGCACUCCUGUUUCCAAACUAUGGAUCGAUUGUUCUUUGUCAUGGAAUACUGCAAGGGUGGAGAUCUCAUGUAUCAUAUGCAGCAGUAUGGAAGGUUCAAGGAAUCGGUGGCUAUUUUCUAUGCCGUGGAAGUGGCCAUUGCCUUGUUCUUCCUUCACGAACGUGACAUUAUCUAUAGGGACUUGAAGCUGGAUAAUAUCUUACUGGAUGGCGAGGGGCAUGUUAAGUUGGUGGACUUUGGUUUGAGCAAAGAAGGUGUGACUGAACGUCAGUCUACACGCACUUUUUGUGGCACUCCCAACUAUAUGGCUCCGGAAAUCGUUAGCUAUGAUCCUUACUCCAUCGCAGCUGACUGGUGGUCUUUUGGUGUUUUACUUUUCGAAUUCAUGGCAGGACAGGCUCCUUUCGAGGGAGAUGAUGAUAAUGCCAUCUUUAGGAACAUCAAGGACAAGAAGGCCGUGUUCCCUAAGCAUUUUAGCGUAGAGGCCAUGGAUAUAAUAACCAGCUUUCUAACCAAGAAACCCAACAAUCGUUUGGGCGCUGGACGUUAUGCCAGGCAGGAGAUUACCACGCAUCCUUUCUUCCGGAAUAUUGACUGGGAUAAGGCAGAGGCUGGGGAAAUGGAGCCACCCAUUAAGCCAAAGAUUAAACAUCGCAAGGACAUCAGCAACUUUGAUGAUGCCUUUACCAAGGAGAAGACGGAUUUAACACCCACGGACAAGCUUUUCAUGAUGAAUCUGGACCAAAACGACUUCAUUGGUUUCUCCUUCAUGAACCCCGAGUUUAUAACCAUUAUUUAAAAGUGGUCUAAAAAAGUUUGGAGAAAAGCUAACUUGAUUUCCUUGGAAAAUAUAAAAGCUUUAAGUUUACUUUAUAGAGAACUUGAUUUGUUGUGUCCUUCGCUUAGCGCCUGAUAAAAAUUAUUUGAAAGCUUU